AUGUCUGAGCCGCCGAGCAACCCGCAGGACCUGACGCUGUUCGUGCAGAACCUGCUGGAGCAGAUGCAGACGCGCUUCGAGACGAUGUCGAAUCAGAUCGUCGACCGCAUCGACGAGAUGGGCAACCGCAUCGACGACCUCGAGAAGUCCAUCGCCGAGCUCACGGAGCAGGCGGGCGUCGACCCCGAGGGCGAGGCCCCAAAGUAG